AACCCGGCAUACCCCGCCCAUCUUUGCGCCAUCAGUUCGGCCAUGACAAAAUUUACGGGAUGAUGUUCCAGACAAUCCCGGAACAAAAAAAAAGAGUUACGGGGUUAUUCUGACAUUCAAACCCCAACUUAAUCCAUGAUCAACAGCAAGAUGCAUCCCGAAACCAAACCACAGGAAACUAGUGCCAGCGCCGACGUCCGUUCGGGCCCGGCGGCGCUGGAGGCGGCGUUUCCGCAACAUGCACUUUCCCUAACGUCGCGUGCCAUGCACGCCGAUGACUACAUCAACAACCACCGUGCCGUCGCCCCUCCGAUGCACGUCAGCACCACCUACCGCUACACAGACGACCCGGAUAAGCUCACGUACUGGGGCAAUGUAGAUCCUAACGCCCCCUACGACUCCCACGUCUACUCGCGCGAGACGGCACCCAACACGACUCGGCUCGAGGCCAUCCUCACGUCCCUGCUGGGAGGGCCGUCGCUGUCGUACGGCUCGGGCCUCGCGGCCUUCCACGCCAUGCUCACCAUGCUCAACCCGCGCCGCAUCGCCAUCGGCGGCGGCUACCACGGCUGCCACGGCGUCAUCCGCCUGAUGAAUCGGCUCACGGGCGUCGAGCAGCUCACCCUCGCCCCCGAGGACCUCGAAAAGCUCCAGGCGGGCGACGUACUGCACGUCGAGACCCCGCUGAAUCCCACGGGCGAGGCCCGCGACCUGGAGCACUACGCCUCCAUCGCCAAGGCCAAGGGCGCCAUCUUGACGGUCGACGCGACCUUUGCCCCGCCGCCUCUGCUGGAGCCGUUUGUUUUUGGUACUGACAUAGUCAUGCACAGCGGGACCAAGUACUUUGGCGGCCACUCGGACAUGCUCUGUGGCGUGCUCUCCAUCAACCCCCAGCGCAAGUCCGAGGGCUGGUUUGAGAAGCUCUUCGAGGACCGUCUCUUCCUCGGGUCCGUCAUGGGGAGCAUGGAGGGCUGGUUGGGCGUGCGCAGCCUGAGGACGUUGGAGCUUCGCGUCCAGAGGCAGAGCAGUACCACAGAUGAGCUUGUUGCCUGGCUUGCCUCGGCGACUGGACCGGACCCGGCGUCACCCCUGGGCGGCCUGUUGAGAAGAGUACAGCACGCAAGCCUCCAACCCGAGGCCGCAGACCCGAAUUCGUGGCUGCGAAGGCAGAUGCCUCGUGGCUUUGGGCCCGUCUUCUCCAUCUACCUUGACAGCGAAGAUCACGCCAAGCGGCUCCCCGGAAAGCUGCACCUGUUCCAUCAUGCCACAAGUCUGGGUGGCGUCGAAUCACUGAUUGAGUGGCGCGCCAUGACGGACCCGAAUCUCGACAAGGCUCUGCUGAGAGUCAGCAUCGGUAUUGAGGCGCUUGAGGAUCUCAAAGCUGAUUUUGUUCAAGGAUUCCGUGCCCUCAUUGAAGAGGACAAGACCAGAAGCUGAAUGGUAAAACAAGUGUUAUUAUUCCCCAGAUACGACGGGCACGCUGAGGAAACUGUAGACAUGCUAGAACAUUUCGCAGUCUGUCUUGACGGGCACGUAAUGUCGCGAUCUCCAGCGAGGACGUUGAGCCCAUUCAUUACCAAGGGGAAUCUUGAAAUUAUAUGUUAGUUAGCGUUGUAUUUAGUAUUCGCGAGUUUGACAGCUAUAAAACAGCUUUGUAGGAAAGUCAUGGCAUAUUAAAAGGGACAAGAUGAACGAAUUAAAUAAAAAGUUAUGCAACAUGGUAUCCCAAACUAGUAACAAGGCAUACUUACAUUUUUG